AUGUCGACCCGCCCCUUUAAACCGCCCCCACUGGCCAGGGAUACCACUGGAUUUCGAUGCAACUCACUCUCCGCCUAUGCAUGGAAGCAAUGGACAAUGUUUGAGGCCACUUUCGCCAUAUGUGGUCUGGAGCCUUGGGAGAAGCUUGUCUUCGUGAUUGUUAUGUCUUUACUCACUUUCCUGUUCUUCACUGGCUUGUCUCGGGUGAUACCCCAAUUGACCUCGCUGCUACCUCGCACUGCAUACUAUCUCUGGGGCGACGAGCGGGUAUUGAAUCACUGGAUGGACCAUGCGGCAGCCAGUGUGAGGGAGUUGUAG